UUGAAAUUUAUUGGCAUGAACGAUGAGGACCUAUUCUAUAAUAUGCUGGACGAAGGCGAUGCUAAGCAGAAGCUGAUAACAUUCAUAAUGGCUCCGGUGUUGCCUAAUGAACUCGGACUGGACAAGAAGACGUUUUAUGUGUCUAAAAUCAUCGUAGACAAGCUCAUUCAUGAGGAUAAGGAAUUCACUGAGUGGAGAGUGGUCCCACCACCGCCGCCGCCUCCACCGCCACCGCCGAAGAAGAAAAAAGGCAAAAAGGGAAAAGGUGCGCCAGAGCCUGAACCGGAACCGGAACCAGAAGUCACGGCGAAGAGUAUGAAGAGUAUGAAGAGCAUGAAAAGCAUGAAGAAAGCUGAAGAAUUAGAAAAGGAGGAAAUCGAAACAGUGGCCGCUGUAACUGAAGUGAGUGAGAGCGAAAUGGAAACGAAAACAUCAAUUGAUUUGCGAUUAGAAGAAGAAGAAAUGCCACUUGUAGCUGAGGAUUCAUAUACCUUCCCACCGCCUCCCGAAGACCUCGAUCCAGAAGUCGAUGGAACACUAGAAUUUUACACUGUUAUUAGAUCAGUUCCACGUAUAAUUCAAUAUCCAAAAUUAGUUCCCAUAUUUGGAGCAUUUACUCCACAAGUGGCAAAUCGCAAUCGUCGCUACAUAUAUUUUGUGCGACAAACGCAAGAGGAAAUACCUUUGCUUGAAACUGAGAGACUCACAAAGCUUAAAAUGUCAGAAUACAUUUUGUUGGGAUCAGUGAAUGGGAAGGUGUUGAUGAGUUUGGGAUUGCAGCUAAAAGAGGCAUACAUCCCACUAUUCGAGAGGCAAUUUCGAGAAAUAAGCACAAUGAAUACGCAAUCUUCUCACGCAAUGCUGUCCAGACAAAUGUCGUUUGCUGGCGAACAUCACAAAAUGGAUGAAACUGCAUCUGAUGUUAAUUACCUUCGCCCAUCGGAUUACAGAAGGAUGUCGAAUAUAGCCCGAGGAGAAAAUGCUGAAAGAAGAAUGAAAAACAUGCGCUCCGAAUCCUUUACACACACACAUAAGCAUAGUAUAACAAGACCUACAUCUUCAAUCACAGCACACAUGACGUCAUCACUGGAUAUUCCUUUGACGAAAACAAAGAGCUCACAGAAAGCGGACAAGCAGAAGACCACGGCUGAAGAAGUUAUAUCUGAUAUAAGUGAACUCGUUUCUAUUGUUGACUGGACAAUAGAACACAUAGAGGGCGAGAUACAGCUGCCGAUGCCGAACAUACCAGCGCUGACUGAACCGCACACGCAUAUCGAUGUAAAUGAUCCAGACUUUGUGGCUCAGCUGGAAGAGGCUGUCAUGAUGUGGCAAACGCAUAUAGAUUCCACGAUUUCUGCCUGUUUGGGAAAGACACGUGAGGGAGAAGGACCAGUAGCUGAGUACAAGUAUUGGCGUGAAAGAGAUGCAGAGAUAUCCCUACUUGUUGAGCAAUUGAAACAACCGAUGGUAGUGAAGAUCAUGGCUUUGCUUGAGAAAGCUAAUUCUACAUAUUUAGAGGGCUUCAAUAUUUACAAGGAAAGACUACUAGAACAAUAUAAUUUAGCUGGAGACAACUUGAAAUUCCUUUCUACUUUGAUGAGAUUCUUUACUGUCAUAGAAGAUGACUCUCCACUACAGCAAGUGAUAGACAUACUGCCGGAACUGGUGGAGAGUAUCUACAUGAUGUGGGUCCUCUCCAAGGGUUAUCGGACCGAUGAAACUAUGGUGCCCUUGAUGGCGCGGAUAUCCUGGGCAUUGUGCGAUAAACUUGAACGAUUUCUUAAUGUGCAUAAGCUGUUUGAUAAACCGAACGAGGAGGUGCUGAGCCUGGCCCGUGCUGGCCAGCGGAUCAUGGAGACGUGGCACGCGCUGUACAAAGAGACGCGGCGCGGCAUCGAGCUGAGCGGGAAGGGCGCGCGCUGGGAGUUCGACCAGCCGCUGCUGUUCACGCGCACCGACUACAUCGGCACCGUGGCCCGCGACCUGGGGGACGCUAUACAGGUGCUAAUAGACUUCGAGCGUAUAUUCGGCAUGGAGCUGAAGUCCAUUAUCAGCGAUCCGACACAAAUCGACGACGUUCGGAAACGUGUCAAGAAUCUCGUAUAUCCAAUACGAACUAUCGACUUUAGCGUCUUUGUGUUCGACAAUAAGGAAAAUUGGGAUGUGAUCAUGAACGAUUUCUGGACCGAAGUGCGUUAUCUUGAGGAGGAGGCUAAGAACUAUAUCAAUUCGUGUUUCGGCAAUUUGCGGAACGCGGAAGAAGCUCUAGACGUGCUGCUAAAGUUUAUAGAGUUCGACUUGCGAGACACGAUAAAACGUCAGCUCGCGACGAAGUUCGACCUCGUUAUGCGGCAGUUUAUCAAAGAAUUGACCGCCAUUGAAGAUAAAUUUACGCGGUUUCGUAAAAACCCACCGCUUUUACGAAAUCAUCCACCAGUCGCCGGCGCCAUCUAUUGGGCGAGAGCGCUGUUCAAUAAAAUGAAACAACCCAUCAUGAAAUUUCAAAAGAUAGAAAAAUUAAACGAAUGCGAGCAAAAGAAAGAAGCUUUCUUACAAUACAAAGCAUUCUCGAAGUUAAUCAAAGAAUAUGAACAGACGAAGUAUAAGGAGUGGGUCGAUGGUGCCUCGCUCUUUGUGGACAAUCUGAUGAAGAAGAAUAUACUGCAUGUUGUUUUUAAGAAGGAAGAAGGUAAAACUUCGGCGGGAAAGGCCCACGUCGCUAGAAAGAAGGCUUCAGUGCUAUCACUGCGACCUGUUGAUAUUGUUAACAAAGAAAUUGCGGACAAACGCCGGAGAGAUAAAGCACUAAUGCUCAUGAGAAUACCGGGACAACACUAUGAAAAUGUACGCUCACCAAGCUCCGUGUCUUUACUGGCUAAAGAAGGAUUGACUGAUGUCACAUGGCGGGAUUUAACGGUCCAUAAAUUGAUGCAGGAGUAUGGACUCGAAUUUCAGCCGAAUUUCGAUAAGCACAUAUUUUUAGUGAUACAUGAAGCUGAGCUAAUGGAAAAAUUAGGCUUCGAUCUACCAUCGAACAUUCGAGAUGUCGCCAUGCAAAAAGCUAGACUAUACUACGAGCUGGAAGCAUUAGGAAUAAUUAUUGAGAAGUACAAUAUCAGUACUACCUCACUUAGUCCAUCGGAGACUCAUCUGAUGAAGAGGCAUCUGUUGGACAUGGAGAGGCAUAUCUUGCCUGGUCUUACUAGAAUCACCUGGACUGCGCUAGGCAUUAAUGAUUACAUUAAGGAUAUUACAAAAGGUCAGAACUCACUCCAAGCAGUCUACCAGCAAUUGAAAAUGGUUGAGAAAGAGAUUCAAUUUCUCAUAGAUCAGUUGCAAGAAUUCGAUCUGUUUCCAUUUGUGAAGCCAACGAAUUACAUCGAUCCAGAGACUAAGGAACCUGAUGAUACUUGGCUUUAUCCUUGCAAGACUUACUUCGUCGAAGUGGAAAACGAACGCCUAGAAAGGAUUGCUAUGCUAUCACGCAUCUACGAACGUAUAGGCCCAAUUCUCAUGAAACUGGAAUAUUUAAUCCUGGGCACAAGUACAGGACGGUCCGCAGUCAUGACGGCGUAUUAUACCUAUUGGGAGAAGAAAAUAUUUAAGUGCUUGGUGACGCUAACUCUAGAGAAUCUGGAAGCGUUCCAACAAUCUCUCAGUGAGAAGACCCCACUGUUUCAAGUAGAUGCAGUGCUGGUUCCACCAGACAUUACUAUGCGGCCCACUCCCGCCGAAGUUUGCAACAUUCUUGGAUAUAAUAUUAAGCAUUUUCUGAACAGAUUAACAGCCUUUCCCCGAUGGAUGAAAAAUACGUGUCUGCCUUGUCCACCACAACGCGUGGCGGAAGCGACCGGAAAUGAGUUCUACGUGUUUUCAUACUUUGAGGAUGUACUACGAGUUGUUUCUAUCAAUGACAUGACGCUCCUUAUACAAGACACUAUCUACAGGCUGACGCAAGACAUUAAUACGUAUAUUCAGAAAUGGCACAAAUACCAACACCUAUGGGCGUUCGACAAACAUCUGUCUUGCGAGAAAUACAUCCAAAAACACGAACAAAUCCACAAAUACGACGAGAAAUUCUUCUUCUUUGAAGAUAUCAUCGCUGAUCUACACAAUCACCUGAAAUUCGUUGAUGUCGGAGCGAUAAGAGUUAACUUGAGGCCGAUUAUAAAACAAGUGCAGGAUCAUGCGCAGGAGUGGAAGAAUAUCUUGGGACAUUGCAUUGCCGCGAAAACAAGAAUGAACAUGUACGAUUUGAAAAAUCAGAUAGAGCACCUCCGAACAACUAUAAAUAUGAACAUCAAGGGUUUAGAUGAUUUCAAACUGGUAAUGGCUGCAAUUGCUCAAGUGGCUCAAUUAACAAUCACAGCCGAAGUAAAGUACAGAGGCAUGCAGGAAAUAUUCAAUAUGUUGAGGCAACAUAAUAUUGAUGUUUCAGACGAUGAUAUAGAGUUUGCUAAGAAUCUUGAAAGUUCCUGGGGGUCUCUAUGUCAAACUUCCCUGUUUCGAGGGAACACUCUGGAGCAGACAAAGGAAAAAUUCUCGAAACUAAAUGUCGUUGAAAUAUCUAACUUCUUAAAAGAGUUGGACGAUUUCGUUGAAAAGUUCGACACUGAAGGACCAGCUACAGUUGGCGAUGAUAUGGAUCGAGGAUUGCUAUUAAUGGAGGAAUAUACCAAACACUUUGAUGAACUCGAGAAUCGUAAGAAAAUGCUUCAAGCGGCAGAACAAUUGUUUGAUAAUCCGUUAGCUGAUUUCUCCAACUUUAACCGGGCUAAAACCGAUUUUCAAGCAAUGGAACAAGUUUACAAAAUAUAUAAAGCCCAGAAGAAUGCGAGGGAGCUGUGGGCGAAGACGCUGUGGGUCAAUUUGAACCCUCAGGCUUUGGUAGAUGGCAUUGAGCAGUUCUUCAAAGAAUACAGAAAACUACCAAAAGCAGUACGCCUAACGACAACAGGUCUGAUGUUAGAUCUAAAGAUGAAACAAUUCAAGGGUGUUGUGCCGCUCAUGGUGUCUCUGAAAAACGAGGCAAUGAGGGAGCGACACUGGAAGGAACUGAUGGCUAAGACAGGUCAAACAUUCGAUAUGUCUCCGGAACGAUUUACCCUGGAGAACAUGUUCGCUAUGGAAUUACAUAAAUAUCAAGAUGUCGCUGAGGAAAUUGUUAAUCACGCUAUCAAAGAGCUCGCCAUAGAGCGCGGCGUGCGAGACGUGCAGGAAACGUGGGCUAACAUCGCGUUCACCGUCACGCGACACUUCAACCGCGGCGAGGACCGCGGCUACACGCUCAACCCGUGCGACGAGAUCACCGUCAAGCUGGACGACGACGCGAUGUCGCUGCAGAGCAUGGCCGCUUCACAAUUCAUUGGCCCAUUUCUUACUGUUGUUCAGACAUGGGAACGUCGUCUUUCAUUAAUCUCAGAAGUUAUUGAAGAGUGGAUGGCAACUCAAAGAAAAUGGUUGUAUUUAGAGGGAAUAUUUGUUGGUGGUGAUAUAAGGACGCAAUUGCCUGAAGAGGCAAAGAAGUUUGAUGAUAUUGAUAAGAAUUUUAGAAAGAUUAUGCUGGACACUGCAAAGAGGUUAAACGUAGUGGACUGCUGCACAAUAGGUGGAAGAUUAGAGGAAUUUGUCAAUUUGGGUUUAGGUUUACAAAAGUGUCAAAAGUCAUUGAACGAAUACCUGGAUUCAAAACGAAGAAUUUUCCCAAGAUUCUUCUUUAUUUCUACGGAUGAGCUGCUGUCCAUUCUAGGCAGUAGUGAAUGCAGCUGCGUACAGGAACAUAUGAUAAAGAUGUUCGAUAACAUAAGAGCUCUCGAUUUAUACGUUGAUCAUACGAAUCGACCGGUUGCGGCCAAAAUGAUUUCUGCUGAAGGCGAGAUAAUGGAUUUCCGUUACGUCGUCUACACGGAAGGAAGGGUUGAAGACUGGAUGAAUCUAGUUCUCAAAGAAAUGCGAAGAACCAACAAGUUUAUAACUAAAAAGGCGGUUUUCUACUAUGGUAAAAAUUGGCGAGUUCCCAGAACGGAUUGGAUUAUGGAGUAUCUUGGCAUGGUAUGCUUAGCUGCUAAUGGAAUUUGGUGGACAGCGGAAACCGAAGAAACUUUCAUACGAAUAAGGAAAGGGAACAAACGGGCUAUGAAAGAACAUUUGGAGCAGCAAAAUGAACAAUUAGAUGGAUUAGUAGUUAAAGUCAGACAGGAUUUAUCGUCCAAUGACCGUCUCAAGUUCCGCACAAUCACAACGAUCGACGUCCACGCUAGAGAUAUUAUCGAGGGUUUCGUGAGGGACAACAUCACUGAAGCUUCAGAGUUUGAAUGGGAGAGUCAACUGAGAUUCUAUUGGCUGAAGAAGGAUGACAAUCUCUGGAUAAAACAAUGCACUGGCGUAUUCGAAUACGGGUAUGAAUAUAUGGGUCUCAAUGGACGGUUGGUGAUCACUCCGCUGACUGACCGAAUAUAUUUGACCAUCACACAGGCACUGACUAUGCAACUUGGAGGAGCACCUGCUGGCCCCGCGGGCACCGGCAAGACCGAGACCACGAAGGACCUAGCCAAGGCGCUUGGUCUCCUAUGCGUGGUGACCAACUGCGGCGAGGGCAUGGACUUCCGCGCGGUCGGGCAGAUCCUCGCCGGGCUCUGCCAGUGCGGCGCGUGGGGCUGCUUCGACGAGUUCAACCGCAUCGACAUCAGCGUGCUCUCCGUCAUAUCCACCCAGCUGCAGUGCAUCCGCAGCGCGCUGCUGAUGAGGCUCAAGCGGUUCACGUUUGAAGGACAAGAGAUCGAUAUGGACAGCAAAGUCGGUAUCUUCAUCACCAUGAACCCGGGCUACGCUGGCCGCACUGAACUGCCGGAAUCUGUGAAAGCAUUAUUCAGACCUGUGGUGUGCAUUUUACCGGAUUUGGAAAUGAUUUGCCAGAUAUCACUCUUCUCUGAUGGUUUCUUGACAGCUAAGGUAUUAGCAAAGAAAAUGACAGUUCUAUAUAAAGUGGCGCGGGAGCAAUUGUCAAAGCAAUCCCACUACGAUUGGGGUCUCCGAGCUCUGACUGCGGUAUUGAGAAUGGCGGGAAAGCUCAGGAGGGACUCGCCUGGUCUCAGCGAAAUCAUGGUGCUAAUGAGAGCACUCCGAGAUAUGAACCAUCCAAAAUUUGUUUUCGAAGAUGUACCAUUGUUUCUUGGUUUGAUAAAAGAUUUAUUCCCUGGACUGGAGUGUCCCCGAGUCGGUUAUCCGGACUUCAAUACGGCAGUUGUGGAAGUAUUGGAAAAAGAUGGAUAUAUUGUUCUUGCGCAUCAGGUGGAUAAAAUAGUGCAAAUGUACGAAACAAUGAUGACGAGACAUUGCACCAUGCUGGUCGGACCAACGGGCGGAGGAAAAACUGUGAUAUUACAGACUUUAGUCAAGGCGCAAACGAAUUUGGGUCUACCCACCAAACUGACCAUUGUUAACCCCAAGGCAUGUUCAGUGAUCGAAUUGUAUGGAAUUCUGGAUCCGGUCACAAGAGACUGGACUGACGGUCUAUACUCCAAAAUAUUUCGAGAAAUGAACAGACCAGCAGAAAAGGACGAGCGCCGCUAUUCCCUCUUCGACGGCGACGUGGACGCGCUCUGGAUAGAGAACAUGAACUCGGUGAUGGACGAUAAUAAGCUGCUGACACUCGCCAACGGGGAGCGGAUACGGCUCGCGCCAUACUGCGCUCUGCUGUUCGAAGUUGGCGAUCUGAACUACGCCUCGCCCGCUACGGUAUCGAGGGCGGGUAUGGUGUUCGUGGACCCCAAGAAUUUGGGCUACCAGCCGUAUUGGGACAAAUGGCUCCGCGGUCGUAACAAUGAGGAGGAACGCGAGCAAAUGGCAGGUCUCUUCGAGCACUACGUGCCGGGCGCUAUCAAUUACAUCGUUUUCGGUUUAUUCGGUCUGCAGCAGCAGACACCGUUGAAGACCAUCGUACCGCAGACACCGCUCAACUUGGUAGUCCAGCUCUGCUAUAUGAUCAGCGGCCUUUUACCAAACAGAGAAGACAGCAACGAGGAAAUAGACAGAACUGUCGUCGAAUGCGUGUUUAUGAUUUCGAUGUACAACAGCCUCGGCGCAGCAAUAGUGGACAACGGCCGCUUGGACUUCGACAACUACGUGAAGAAAGCCUGUCCCAUGAUGUUGGUCGAAGACACCACUGAAAAGAAAGCAACCACGAAACACUUCCCCAUGGGUUUCCCCACACUGUACGACUACUGCCUCGAGCUGAACACGAAGACGUGGGAGGCGUGGGAGUGGCUCGUGCCGCAGUACGAGCACGACAGAGAGAUGCGCUUCUCCGCGAUACUCGUGCCCACCGUGGACACCCUGAGGUUGACGUGGAUCAUCAAGAUCAUGGAGAGCGUGGAAAGGCCAGUCCUUCUUGUUGGCGACACGGGAACGUCAAAAACAGCAAUCAUCACAAAUUAUUUACGUGGCUUACCCCCAGAGAAAUACAUAAUCCAGCAAAUGAACUUCUCGUCGCGGACCUCAUCGAUGGACGUGCAGCGGAAUCUGGAAUCGGUCGUGGAGAAACGGACCAAGGACACGUUCGGUCCACCGGUCGGCAAGAAGAUGCUGGUCUUUAUCGAUGACAUGAACAUGCCCAUUGUAGACACAUACGGAACUCAGCAGCCCAUAGCGCUCCUCAAGCUGUUGUUCGAGCGAAAAGGUUUCUACGAUAGGGGCAAGGACUUGAACUGGAAGAACUUGAAGGAUAUAGGGUUCCUAGCCGCUAUGGGGAAGGCUGGUGGUGGCAGGAAUGAUGUGGACCCUCGCUUCAUAUCGAUGUUCUCUGUGUACAACCUGCAGUUCCCGUCGGAGGCGACGCUACAGCGCAUCUACGUGUCCAUCCUGCGCGGACACUUCAGCAUCUUCCCGGAGGAGGUGCAGGACAUCGUCGACAAGAUUGUGCAGAUGACGCUCGAUCUGUAUAAGGUAAUCAUAGUGGACCUGCCGCCGACGCCUGCCAAGUUCCACUACAUCUUCAACCUGCGCGACCUGUCGCGCGUGGCGGCCGGCCUGUGCCUCACGCACCCCAACUACUUCGCGGAGCGGCGCGCCGUCGUGCGCUGCUGGCGCAACGAGUUCACGCGGGUCAUAUGCGACCGGCUCAUAAGUGUCCAGGACAAUGAACUGAUGCGCGGUCACAUACAAGAGCACGUCGCAAAAUAUUUCCCGGAGGAAGAACCCGUCGUGCUCGAAGAGAUCGUCGUUCCCGAGGAGGAGGAGCCCGCUGGAGAUGAAGAGGAAGAUGAAUUCAUGGCUGAACUGAAACCAAAAGCUGAAAAAGUUGAAGAACAAGAAACGGUCAUAGAGGAGGAAGAAGAAGUGGAAGUUGAAAAACAGCUAACGUUGGAAGAAUAUGUCCUCCGUGAUCCCUUACUGUUUGGUGAUUAUCGGAACGCGUUGGACGAAGAGGAGGUGCGAUAUUAUGAAGAUCUGUUGGAUUAUGAGGCGGUUUACUUCCUUUUCCAAGAGAUCCUGGACGAGUACAACGAGCGCGUGGGCAAGAUGUCGGUGGUGCUGUUCGAGGACUGCCUGGAGCACCUGACGCGCGCGCACCGCAUCCUGCGCACGGACCGCGGCAACGCCAUGAUCAUCGGCGUCGGCGGCUCCGGCAAGAAGUCCAUCUGCCGCCUCGCCGCCUUCGCCGCCGGAUGCGAGAUGUUCGAAAUAACGGUGACGCGCAACUACAAUGAGAAUACAUUUAAAGACGAUAUGAAGCGGAUGUACAACCAGCUCGGAGUCGACGGCAAGCCCACCGUGUUUCUCUUUACCGCUGCUCAAAUAUUAGAAGAGGGUUUCUUGGAAUUUAUCAAUAACAUCUUAAUGAUCGGCAUGAUUCCUGCACUGUUCGGCGACGACGAGAAAGACGCCAUCAUUAAUGCUGUUAGAAACGAAAGCAACGAGGCUGGAUACGGCGUAGCCAAGGAUGCAGUGUGGAACUUCUUUUGCAACAAAUGCGCCAACAAUCUACACGUGGUGCUCUCGAUGUCGCCCAGCGGUGACAUAUUGAGAAAUAGGUGCCGAAGUUUUCCAGGCUUGGUAAACAACACUACGAUUGACUGGCAAUUCCCGUGGCCGAAGCAAGCGUUAUUAGCUGUCGCUAAUGUCUUUCUAGCAGACGUGGAAAAGAUCCCGGAAGAGUUCCGUCCAAUCAUAGUGGAGCACGUGGUUCACGUGCACAUGUCCGUGGCGAGAUACUCGGUGGAGUUCCUCUUGCGCCUGCGCAGGAACAACUACGUGACGCCCAAACAUUAUAUGGACUUUUUGACUAAUUAUCUCUCUCUGCUGAAUGAGAAAGACGCUUUUAUUGUUGCUCAGUGUGAACGUCUUAUUGGCGGUUUAGCAAAAAUAGAAGAAGCUAAUGUACAAUUGGAAGAUUUGAACGCCAAACUGGCGGUGCAAAAGGUGAUCGUAGCGGAGCAAACCAAGGAAUGCGAAAUUUUACUGAAAGAGAUUUCUGUGGCCACCGAAGCAGCAGUAGCGAAACAGCAAGUGGCUGAAGUGAAAAGCGCGGAAAUAACAGAGCAAAGUAAAGUGAUAGCAGAGGAGAAGUCCGAAGCGGAGGAAGCGCUGUCUGCCGCGCUGCCAGCCUUAGAAGCGGCUAGACUUGCUCUUGCUGAUCUAGAUAAAAACGAUAUUACAGAAAUUCGAUCUUUUGCCACGCCACCGGAAGCUGUGCAGGUUGUAUGCGAAUGUGUAGUAAUUAUACGUGGCAUCAAAGAUGUGAGCUGGAAAGGAGCUAAAGGGAUGAUGGCAGAUCCGAAUUUCUUGAGAAAUCUUCAAGAAAUGAACUGCGACCUAAUCACUCAGAACCAAGUGAAAGCCGUAAAAGCACACAUGAAGAAGAGCAAGAAACUAGACACUAUGCAACAAAUUAGUAAAGCGGGAUACGGCCUUUUGAAAUUCGUCAUAGCUGUUCUCGGCUACUGCGCAGUUUACAAAGAGGUGAAGCCCAAAAAGGACAAAGUGGAAUCCCUCGAGAAGGAAUACACGGAAGCGUGCAACUACCUCGCGUCGCUCAACCGUGAAAUUGACAGACUGCAGCGUACUCUCAACGGACUCAACACGAAAUAUGAAACCGCAAUGCUGAGGAGACAGGAAUUGCAAGAGGAAACGGAUAUAAUGAUGCGGCGAUUGGUAGCGGCCGACAAGCUGAUGUCUGGUCUGUCGAGCGAACAGAAGCGGUGGACGCUAGAUUUGGCAGCGUUAUACGUGGAACAGUCUAGAUUGAUCGGCAACUGUUUGCUCGCGUCUUCGUUCCUGAGUUACGCGGGGCCGUUUUCGUUCUCGUUCAGGCAAACUAUGAUAUACGAGGACUGGCUGGGCGAUGUGCUCGAGCGAGGCAUACCGCUGACGAUGCCCUUUACGGUGGAGAGGAAUUUAACUAACGAAGUUGAGAUCAGCGGAUGGAAUUCGGAAGGGCUCCCGCCGGACGAGUUGUCGGUACAAAAUGGCAUCUUAACAACAAGAGCAUCUCGAUUCCCGCUCUGUAUCGAUCCCCAGACGCAAGCGUUAACUUGGAUCAAGAAGAAAGAAGCUAAAAAUAAUUUAAAAGUCCUAUCUUUCAAUGAUCCUCAAUUCCUGCGACACUUGGAGAUGGCCAUAAAGUACGGCAUGCCAGUUCUAUUCCAGGAUGUCAAUGAGUACAUUGAUCCAGUUGUGGAUAAUGUACUUGAAAAAAAUAUCAAAGUGGAGAGCGGGCGCACGUUCGUAAUGCUGGGCAGCUCGGAGGUGGACUACGACCCGAACUUCCGCAUGUACCUCACCACCAAGCUCGCCAACCCGCAGUUCAACCCGGCCGCUUACGCCAAGGCGGUCGUCAUCAACUACACUGUUACCGUCCAGGGUCUAGAAGACCAGCUCCUCAGCGUUGUGGUGCGCGCGGAGCGGGCGGACCUGGAGGAGCAGCGCGAGAGCCUCAUCAUAGAGACGAGCGCGAACAAGAGUCUGCUCUCCGGGCUCGAGGACUCGCUGCUGCGCGAGCUGGCCACCUCCACCGGCAACAUGCUGGACAACGUGGAACUGGUCAACACGCUCGAGAACACCAAGUCGAAGGCUGCUGAGGUGAUGGAAAAACUAGAGCUCGCAGAGGCAACGACGAAAGACAUAGAAAAAUUAAGAGACGGCUACCGACCGGUCGCAAAGCGCGGCUCCAUCCUUUUCUUUGUUCUUUCCGACAUGGCCGGAGUCAACACUAUGUAUCAGUACUCGCUGUCGUCGUAUUUGGACGUGUUUUCGUUUUCGCUCCGCAAAGCCAUGCCGAAUGUCAUAUUGGUAAAGCGUCUCAAGAAUAUCAUCGAUAUGUUAACGAAAAACGUGUAUGACUAUGGGUGUACAGGUAUAUUCGAGCGCCACAAGCUGCUGUUCUCAUUCCAAAUGGACAUAAAGCUGGAGCAGAGCGAAGGCAACGUGAGCCAGAUGCAGCUGGACUUCUUCAUCAAGGGGAAUAUCUCGCUGGAGAAGGCGGCGCGAGCGAGCCCGGCCGCCUGGCUGCCGCCGCAGGGAUGGCAAGACAUCAUGAAACUGAGCUUAGACUUUCCGGAAGUGUUUGGUGACUUGCCGGACAACAUUGGCAAUAAUCUUGACGAAUGGCAGGAGUGGUUCGACAGCGACGCGCCCGAGUCGUCCGAGAUCCCGAACGGGUACCGCGCGCGCGUCAAUCCGUUCGAGCUGCUGAUGCUGCUGCGCUGCUUCCGCGUGGACCGCAUCUACCGCGCGCUCACCGACUUCAUCACCGUCACCAUGGGCGAGGAGUACAUCACCCCGCCGGUGAUCAGCCUGGACAUGAUAUUCGAGCAGACGACCCCGUACACGCCGGUGGUGUUCAUCCUGAGCCCGGGCUCGGACCCGACGGCCGACCUCAUGAAGCUCGCCGACCGCUGCGGCUUCGGCGGCGGCAAGUUCAAGUACCUGUCCCUGGGCCAGGGGCAGGAGGGGGCGGCCCUAGCCCUCCUCGAAGGCGCGAUAUCUCACGGCCAGUGGCUGAUCCUGCAGAACUGCCACCUGCUGGUGUCCUUCCUGCGUGAGCUGGAGAAGCAGCUCGAGAUGAUGGAGAAGCCGCACCCAGAGUAUCGCCUCUGGCUCACCACCGACCCUACACCCACCUUCCCCAUUGGCAUCCUGCAAAGAUCCUUGAAAGUCGUAACGGAACCGCCGAACGGGCUGAAGUUGAACUUACGGAACACAUACUUCAAGAUGCGUGCGCACGCGCUGGAUGAAUGCCCACAUCCGCAAUUCAAAAAACUUGUCUAUGUAUUAGCAUUCUUCCACGCAGUCGUGCAGGAGCGUCGCAAGUACGACAAGAUCGGGUGGAACAUCGCGUACGACUUCAGCGAGUCGGACUUCGUGGUGUGCAUGCAGAUCCUGCAGUGCUACCUCGAGCGCUGCUUCGCCGCCGCCGGGCCCACGCCCUGGGCCACGCUCAAGUAUCUCUUUGGAGAGGUGAUGUACGGCGGCCGCGUGAUCGACGACUUCGACCGUCGCGUGGUGGGCACGUACAUGGAGGAGUACAUGGGCGAGUUCCUCUUCGACAAGUUCCAGCCCUUCCACUUCUACCGCGACGCGCACUGCGACUACGUCAUACCGCCCGACGGGGAGCGGGAAGAGUAUAUUGAUUUCAUUGACACCCUGCCACUAGCGAAUACCCCAGAGGUGUUUGGUCUACAUCCCAACGCUGAGAUUGGGUAUUUCAGUCAGGCUGUCAGAGAGAUGUGGGGACAUUUGAUUGAAUUGCAACCGCAAACCAGUGACAGCGGCGGUACGAUGAGCCGCGACGACUUCAUCGACAUGAUCGCGGUGGACAUCCUCAACAAGCUGCCGGCCGAGUAUGAGAUUUGGCGCGUGCGCAAGCAGUUCGAGAUGAACAUGACGCCCUCCGCCGUCGUGCUGCUGCAGGAGCUGGAGAGGUUCAACCGGCUGAUCGCGAAGAUGCGCGGCACGCUGUCGCUGCUGCGCAAGGCGCUGGCGGGCGAGAUCGGCAUGGACGCGGUGCUCGACAACGUGGCCUACAGCCUGUUCAACGGGCAGCUGCCGGCCGUGUGGCGCGCGCUCGCGCCCGCCACGCGCAAGGGGCUCGGCGGCUGGAUCGACCACUUCACCGCGCGCGCGCAACAGUACACGGACUGGGCGACGAUGGAGGAGCCGAUAGUGAUCUGGCUGUCGGGGCUGCACAUCCCCGAGUCGUACCUGAUCGCGCACGUGCAGAUCGCGUGCCGCCUCUACACGUGGCCGCUCGACCGCUCCACGCAGUUCACGCGCGUCACGCGACACCGCUCGCCCGACGACAUUGAGGAGCGCCCCGUCACCGGGUGUUACGUCCGCGGGCUGUACCUGGAGGGCGCGCGUUGGGACGCGGAGGACGGCUGCCUGCGCCGCUCGCACCCCAAGGUGCUGGUCACCGAGCUGCCCAUCAUGUACAUCAUACCCAUCGAGUUCCACAAGCUCAAACUGCAGAACACGUUUCGCACGCCGGUGUACACGACGUCGCAGCGCCGCAACGCCAUGGGUGUGGGGCUCGUGUUCGAGGCGGACCUGUGGACGGCGGAACACUGCAGCCACUGGGUGCUACAGGGCGUGUGCCUUAUUAUGAACACUGAUUGAUUUGUUAUUACAUUGCAAUCGUUGAAAACAACUAGACACACAAUGCAAAAACAGUAAACUGUCCUCCAAUAUGUCAAAACUUCUAGUCGAUAGAAACAUGAAAGCAAAACAAAGCUUAUUUUGUAUAAUUACUUUAAGGUGUACUAUUCACGAAACGUAAAAAUAGUUUAGAAUUAUAGAAUUGUUUGAAUUUUAUUUUCUAAGUUAAUAGGUUAAAAAUAAAUUCAACCUUAAAAUGCAUGAUUUUAAGUUGAUAAAACACCAAAUGUUGAAGCAUCUAUCUAGUUGUUUUAACAAAAAUCAACGAUCGAAAUAAAUACAACAUCCAAGCUAUUAUCAUCAUAACUAAUUAACUGUAAUUCUUAUCAAACGGAAAGGUUCAAAUGAAGUGAUCUUAAACUUGUAAUUGAUAUCAUAUCAUGGUGUUAUUUAUACAAUUUGUUUUUUAUUUAUUUUGAAACCAAGCAUAAUAUUAUUUCUCUCAUACAGAUACCUUCUUAGAAAUUGAGUAUAAAUGAUUUUAGUUGGAAGUGAUAUCUUAUCUCACUUGGUUUUGCAGAAAUAUUUUUAGUUUUUUGUAAGAUAAAUG